GGAGCAGAAGCCCCGCCCCCUACGCGUCACGCUCGUCUCAGAGCGAAACCAGGAAGUGUUCACCUCCGGCUCAUCUGCUCGGGAAAGGUCUUCCAUGUGAAAGCACAAAUGAUAAGCUUUGCAGUGUUUUCGUGACAAUGACUGCUCCGAUGGAAGUUCCAGUUGGAACUGCUCCUCUUUCCAACUUCUCCGUGCCUCCACCAUCUCCCCUUCGUCCAGCCAUCGCCCCCUCCGUCCAGUUGGGUUUCACCAUCCUCUUCACAAGUUUAUAUGUAGCUCUCUUCCUGGUGGUCUACAUACAGCUAUGGCUGCUCUUCUUCUAUAAACACAAGAGAUGGAGCUACCAGAGCAUCUUUCUGUUCCUCUGCCUGCUUUGGGCCACCCUUCGUGCCACACUCUUCUCCUUUUACUUCUACGAUGCCACGGAAGCCAACCGCCUACCUGUUGUGGUCUUCUGGCUGCUCUAUUGCUUCCCUGUGUGUCUGCAAUUCUUCACAUUUAGCCUCAUCAACCUGUAUUUGACUCAGGUUUUAUUCAAAAUCAGAGAGUCUUUCAGCUCAGCAAUGCACAGAGGACUAUGGGUGGCUCGAUGUGCAUACAGUGCUUUCAGCGUCAUCUUUCUCUGCGUCAAUGUGUCAUGUGCCGUUCUGGGGGACCGAGAUGGCAGCAGUAAGACGGGAAAGUGGACCUGGAAGCUGGUUUUGGUCAGAGUAAUUGUCAAUGACUUGCUUUUCAUCAUGAAUGCAGUGCUGUUGGCUGCGGUGCUGUUGAUCCUGACCCGGCACUCACGCUCUGCCAGCCCCUACAUGAUCAACAAGGGGACUACAGUGUGCCGAACAGCAGCAUUAGGAGCUGCAGUCAUCAUCUUGUUCACCAGUCGAGCCUGUUAUAACCUGGCAGUCCUCGUUCUGUCCAAGAAAUACCCAGUAGAGUCAUUCAACUAUGACUGGUACAAUGUCUCUGACCAGGCUGACCUGCAGAAGGAACUUGGCGACAGGGGCUACAUUGCCUUUGGUGUCAUCCUUUUCAUAUGGGAGCUGAUCCCAACCAGCCUGCUCAUCCUCAUCUUAAGAGUUCGCAGACCUGCUCAGGAUACCAGCAGCAUGGCUGUCAAUAACAGGGUCCUGCCCCGUCCAUAUUUCUUUGACGACCCUCAAGGAAGUGAUGAUGACAUACCUGCCCCAUGGGAUAAAGAAUCAGUCGAACAUUCAAGCUGGUGUGGAUCAGAGACUGCUCCUCUCCUGUUCACCAACAAUCCUUCAGAGCAGAGCCACCAGCACCACUCUUUCUACUCCACACCACAGAACUGAUCCUGACUGUCAGCCACUGUCUGAGCCAACAUGUCCAUGACAGAAGACAGGAUGCUUGGUCUGAGGACAGGAUCUCAUUUGCACUGAAAACCUCAGAACAAAGAAUUUGCACCUUGUAAAGAGUGGAUGUUUUAUCUGAUGCACUUCUCUUCGGCUUUACAGAACAAACAAGAAGGAAAGGUUUGGACAGAUUUAGAUGAAAGUAGAGUUGUGUCAUUUAGCUCCAGUAGGAAGUGGUAUGGUCUGGUGAAUGUGGAUGGGUCAGGACCUCAUGUGAGCAGGGGUCUCAUUAGUGGACCUGCUGCUCUCCUCAAAAACACACUGAGCUUUAUUCAAACCUUGUCCUCCCUCAGAUGAAGACCACCAGGUUAGAAACACUCAUUCUGAGUUUAUAACAAAGCAUAAAGUGGUUCCCCAAGAAAUCUUUCCCUUUGACCACUCAGAGCCAGGCAGUGGCCUAAAGUAGUGCAAACAGGUCUGUAGUUCAACGCCACAGGCACACACUAAAUGUCCUGUUGUUUGUUUAUUAAAGGUAAAAAGGUGUAAAAAUAUAUAUCUCAAAGUUAAUGUAUGUAUGUAUAUAUCAGGACAUUAAUAUGUGUGUUCAGUAAUAAUUUUUGAAUAGAUAUUUGAUGACAUGUUAUUUAUAUGUAUAUUUGAAUGAUUCAGUUGUAAAUUCUGUUAGUUAAGGACAGGAGGAGGGGGACAGGCAUAGCACCAGUUUUUGACCUCCCUCUUUCUCUCACUUCCUCUUAUUUAAAGUUAUGUUGCUCUUUGUGUUAUGUUUAGAUUUUAUAGAUAUAUAUUUUGUAUAUUUUAUUGUUUGAUUUUGAGAUAAACAGUUCAAACUUGAA